CGGGGUCGGCUUUCCGGAAUCUGAGUCCCGGCGUGCACUUGUGGAGGACUUCAGGUACCGGCGUGCUCCACGUCCCGCUGUCCGCCGACUCACGUCCUGGGCACCGCCUCUGAGAAGGGCGGGCGAGGAGGCCUCCGAGGCGGAGCGGAUGGCUGCGCUGAGGGCGGGGCGGGGUGCAGGCUGGAGCCUCUGGGGAUUGAGGGCUCUGGGGGGCAUUCGCUGGGGCAAGGGACCCCUGUUGACCUCUGACCUGCGGGCCCUGCUGACGUCAGGAACCCCUGACCCCCGGGCCCGGGUGACUUAUGGGACCCCCAGUCUUCGGACCCGGUUGGCCGUGGGGGUUUCUGAAACCCGGGCGUGUCUGACGUCUGUGUCCUCGGAUCCCCAGCCGCGACUGACUGCAGGGACCCCGGAUUCCAGGCCCCGGGAAGCCUCAGGGUCUCGUGGAACCCGUGCACGCGCGUGGCUGGCGGUGGCGCUGGGCGCUGGCGGGGCGCUGCUGGUGGUGUUGUGGGGCAGGGGUCGGGAUCUCCCUGCUGUCUUCGCCUCCGUCCCUGCUCCGCCGCCCACCUCUCCCCGGAGCCAGUACAACUUCAUCGCUGACGUGGUAGAGAAGACGGCACCUGCUGUGGUCUAUAUCGAGAUCUUGGACCGGCACCCUUUCUCAGGCCGGGAAGUCCCUAUCUCAAACGGCUCAGGCUUCGUGGUGGCGUCCGAUGGGCUCAUCGUUACAAAUGCCCACGUGGUGGCCGAUCGCCGUCGAGUCCGGGUGAGGCUGCCCAGCGGUGACACUUAUGAAGCCAUGGUCACAGCUGUGGAUCCUGUGGCUGACAUCGCCACGCUGAGGAUACCGACCAAGGAGCCUCUCCCUACGCUGCCUCUGGGACGCUCAGCAGAUGUCCGGCAAGGGGAGUUUGUUGUUGCCAUGGGGAGUCCCUUUGCGUUGCAGAACACCAUCACAUCUGGUAUUGUCAGCUCUGCUCAGCGCCCAGCCAGAGACCUGGGACUGCCUCAAACCAACGUGGAGUACAUUCAGACAGAUGCAGCUAUAGAUUUCGGAAACUCUGGAGGCCCCCUGGUUAACCUGGAUGGGGAGGUGAUCGGCGUGAACACCAUGAAGGUCACAGCCGGAAUCUCCUUCGCCAUCCCUUCUGAUCGGCUGCGGGAGUUUCUGCUUCGUGGAGAAAAGAAGAAUUCCUGGUUUGGAGUCAGUGGGAGCCAGCGCCGCUACAUUGGGGUGAUGAUGCUGACCCUGACUCCCAGCAUCCUUGCUGAGCUGCAGCUCCGAGAGCCAAGCUUCCCUGAUGUACAGCAUGGUGUGCUCAUCCAUAAAGUCAUCCUGGGCUCCCCUGCACACCGGGCAGGUCUGCGGCCUGGUGAUGUGAUCCUGGCCAUUGGAGAGCAGCUGGUACAAAAUGCGGAAGAUGUUUAUGAAGCUGUUCGAACCCAGUCCCAGCUGGCAGUACGGAUCCGGCGGGGACCGGAGACACUGACAUUAUACGUGACCCCUGAGGUGACAGAGUGAAUGGAUCAGCAAGAGUCUGAGGUCUUGUUUCCCAGACUAGGCUGUGAGGAUACCUGGGCAGACGAGUACAUGAACCAAUGGGGGGCAGGUCCCUCCAACCACCAGCACCCAUCCCUGGGCUCUGAAGAAUUGCAAGGAGACUUUUUUAUAGAAAAUAAAAUUAUACCUAGCAA